GACUGACAACUCAUGGGGCCCCCGGGCAAUAGGGGAUCAUGGGGCCCCUGUGUCCUUGCCCAAACUAAAAAAAGCCUAUGAAAAAAAGGUACCAGGGUCAUCUCAUGGGGCCCCCUACUGACCCCGGGCCCUCGGGCAGUGCCCGAGUUUCCAAAUGGUCAGUCCGCCCCUGCUUAUGAGACUGUGUAAAGGGGGGGGGGGGGUGUCCUGUCUCUUCACUCAGGUCUCAGAUUACACUAAGCUCUGCGCCAAUGCUGUUUACAUAUUGAUAUAUUUCAAUCAUCACUUUAUUAAUUUAUUUUAUUUAUUGUAGAAGCCU